AUUUCCAAUAUGAGGUCUCACCAGCAGUGAUUGAGAGUUCCAGGUCCUCCAAUCCAUGCCACAGCUAACUAUUUUAUUCUAGGGCUUCUGGGAGGUAGUGAUUUUGUAGCUUGUUGUUGUAGUUUUAUUUUACAUUUCUGGGAUUACUAAUAAUGUUGCCAUUUUCUCCAUUUGAUUAUUCACUAAAUAUCUAGUAGAAUUGGUCCAUGAACUCAGUUGAACCUGGAUUUUUUUUGUUUCUUUUCAACUAUGACAGUGUUGUAGUUAACUACAUAUUUCUUCUGUCUCUAGCUUUGCAGUCCUUGAACAUUGUUGAAAGAGAUUGCCCGAGAAACAAGUCAGUGGAGACUGAAUCCCUCAAGUUGCAGCUCUCUGAGAAUUCUUGUUAAGAAUGGCUUCAGACCACAGAAUCUCCUUUGAAGGUGAACCAUCCAGGAGGGAUCCUGGGUCAGAAAAUUCACCCACCCAAGGAUCUGCCGUCCAGGAGGAAGAGGGGAUCCCUGAGUUCCCCAGCACUCAGCUCAACUUACUUCAAGACAGCAAUAAUUCAAGUGCAAGACAAGAACUGCAAAGACUCUAUCACUUAUUUCACUCAUGGCUGCAGCCAGAAAAACACAGCAAGGAUGAAAUAAUUUCUUGUCUGGUCCUGGAACAGUUUAUGAUCAAUGGGCACUGCAGUGACAGGUCCAUUUUACAGGAGAAAUGGAAUGCAAGUGGCAGAAACCUGGAGAAACUCAUGGAGGAUCUGACGGACGAUGGCAUGAAGACACCCGGCUUAGUCCACGUCCACAUGCAGGGACAGGAAGCCCUCUUUUGUGAGAAUAUGCCCUUAAGACAAGUUAUCAUUCACUUCACAAAACAGUUGUCGACAGGAACCCCAACAAGAGAGAAUGCGGGGACAACCUCCUGGACUCCUCAAGAUAUGUCCCUGGAAACAGGACAAAAAAAUGAAGAUAAAGAAAAUGAUGACAACUUUUCUGUGAAAACUCAUCAAGUAAGUGACAGCAUUACUGGUCCAAGCAAUCAAAUACCUUCCCUACUCAUUGUCCAAGAAGAGAACAGUCCGAGGCUGGAAGAAGGAGGUGUUUCUCUGGAGAAUCCACAAAGCUCCAGAAGAGGAGCAGGCCCAGGCCCCUCCAGGCCCCAGGACGGAUCCCUCAAAGGACCCUCUACUCAAGAUGUCCUCAUGGAAGUGGAAGCAGACCAGGUCACCCCUGAGCCUGUUUCUACCAACCAGAGCUCUGAGGGGACUUCUGCAUGUGGGGAACACCGGGAAAGAUCCCAUAGAGCCCCAGAAGUAUACAGAUGUGAGAGGUGUCCCAAGACCUUCAGGCAUUCCUCUCGGUUCAGAGUUCACCAGAAAAGACACAAUAAUGAGAGGACAUGUGUUUGUGCCGAGUGUGGCAAAGGCUUCUUCCAGGCUUCAGACCUCCAUGUGCAUCAGAGGAUUCACACAGGAGAGAAGCCCUUCGCGUGCAGCACAUGUGAAAUGGCCUUCACCCACAAAACCAACCUUCGGGCUCAUGAGAGAACCCACACGGGAGAGAAGCCCUAUGAGUGUUCCCUCUGCCAGAGAUGCUUCCGCCAGUCCUCCACCUACCACCGCCAUCUUAGGUUUCACCAGAAAACUACCCUCAAAAGUGCUCCACACUAAAUUAAUCUUCCUUGGC